CACGAAAACUACUGGCUGGUUUGUCGAUUCUAGCCAGUGUACCCCGCUUGCAUUGUACCUCUAAUCAAAUGUCCUCUGACAAGCGUAAGGAGGCACCAAGCCCUCCUGCCAAUGGUGUUCUGAUCAAGCGUCAAAAGCAGGAAACUAACGAAGAGCCAUCGAGUGCAUUGACACUUUCAAGCUCUUCCGCUACUGGCAAAAAUGUCAUUGUUGGAACGAUAAAAAGAACAUCCGGACUGCAAGCACCUGUUAUGCUACUUAGUGGACACCAGGGAGAAGUAUUCACGUGCGAGUUUGAUCCCUCAGGACAGCAUAUUGCAUCUGGAUCUCAUGAUAGACAAAUAUUACUUUGGAACACAUAUGGAGAUUGUGUAAAUUACGGAAUGAUGAAGGGUCAUACAAACGCCAUUCUAGAGUUACAUUGGGCAAAAGAUGGCAGACAAAUAUAUUCAUGUUCUGCUGAUCAGACGUUAGGAAUAUGGGAUGUAGAAUCUGGCGAGCGUGUACGAAAGUGGAAGGGCCAUAGUCUCGUCGUCAACUCCUGCAGUGUUUCUAGGAAUACUCCAGAACUAGUCGUAUCCGGUUCUGAUGAUGGUUGUGUGAAGAUUUGGGAUGCUCGAGAAAAAAAUGCUGUCGAAACCUUUCAAGACGACUUCCAAGUUACAUCUGCAUGCUUUAGCGAUUCAGGCGACAUGGUGUUUACCGGUGGUAUUGAUAAUGAAAUCAAGGCUUGGGAUCUUCGCAAGAAAGCUGUUGCAUAUUCACUUACUGGACAUGCUGACACCAUUACUGGUAUAAAACUGAGCCCCGAUGGAUCAUAUUUAUUGUCAAAUUCUAUGGACAACACCACUCGAAUGUGGGAUGUCAAACCAUUCGCUCCUGCUGAUCGAUGCGUAAAGGUUUUUGAAGGAGCACCCCAUGGAUACGAAAAGAAUCUCAUAAGACCUUGUUGGUCGCCAGACGGCAACCAGAUUGCCAGUGGCUCCAGUGAUCGCUCCGUCGUCAUUUGGGAAGUGUCAUCACGGAAGAUUCUUUACAAAUUACCUGGCCACAAGGGAUGUGUUAAUGACGUAGACUGGCACCCCAAGGAACCCAUCCUCGUCAGCGCUAGUACCGAUAGAUCUCUAUAUCUUGGAGAAGUGAAGCCAACCCAAUAGUUCAUCAAUGGAUCCUUGUGUGGUAGACACUCUAAGGCACUGUGUCAUUGCAUGGCAAAUGAGAAUCCAUCCUUGUUUAAAAAAUUUCAUUGUUAUUUCGGAGAGGUUCACUUGAUGAAGGCCACUAUUUGUCAACCUAUGUACAAUAAAUCAAAAUAGCGUGAUCCGCUUCAAUUCACUUCAAUACUGAAAGAAAGGAUUGAAAUAUGCCAGAUACGGAUGGCAUUGCGCUUCCCCGGGUCUGUACUUUUAUGCAUGCAUUGGCUAGUGCUGUGGAUUAUGGAUCAAAGGUACAUGGCGGAUCAAUAUGUAGGGCUCGGAAUGCAU